AUGUGGGUGCAGGUUCGAGGUCUAUUUCUGGUGCAUCUUUUCUACUUUGCACCCCCUUUGGCCACGUUUGCGAGGGAAUUGAGUCAUGCAUCCAGCCUCGACUUUCUGUCUGCUGCUGCAUCAGGAGGUGCAAACCCGGUGCACCUUGAACCGCACCUGAACCCGCGGGUUCAGUCACAUGAUCGCACCGAACCGAACCUGCACCUGAGGUUCAGGUUCGAGGUUCAGGCAAAAGUGCCCGAACCUGCACCGAACCGAACCCCGUUUUCUUACGACAAACCACGGAAAGAUCUUAUGAACAUAUCGUCCAACUAUGGAAGAAACAAUCGUAACUGUGUCAGACUGUUAGAGGUAGAUCUAUAUUGA